AUGACGGAGCAUCGGGCGCUGCUGGCACAGCCACCAGCGUGCGGGGCACCCCAGGCCCUGGCUGAUCCCCUUCCUCUGUCUCCAGUGGCGCAGACGCGGUUCGUGGAGGAGCCAGAGGACCAGACGGUGGUGGCGGGUCAGAGGAUCGUCCUCUCCUGCGUGGUGCUCAAUUACUCCGGGAUCGUGCAAUGGACCAAAGACGGCCUCGCCCUGGGGAUGGGGCAGGGGCUCAAAGCCUGGCCACGCUACCGCAUCGUGGGCACGGCUGACUCGGGCCAGUACAACCUGGAGAUCACCGACGCCGAGCUCUCCGAUGACGCCGUCUACGAGUGCCAGGCCACUGAGGCCGCGCUGCGGUCCCGCCGGGCCAAGCUCACCGUGCUGAUCCCCCCUGAGGAUCCCACCAUCGACGGAGCCCCCGAGAUCCUGCUGCGUGCGGGGACGCCGUACAACCUGACCUGCCGGGCACGCAGCGCCAAGCCGGCAGCCACCAUCGUCUGGUAUCGGGAUGGGCUCCAGCAGGAUGGAGCCAUCACCAGCACGGAGGUGUUGGCCGACGGCAAGCGGGAGACAACCACCAGCCAGCUCGCCAUCAACCCAACCGACCUCGACAUCGGGCGGGUGUUCUCCUGCCGCAGCACCAAUGAUGCCAUCCCGGCGGGCAAGGAGACCUUUGUCAAGCUCAACGUUCACCAUCCCCCGACUGUCACCCUGUCCAUCCAGCCCCAGACGGUGCAGGAGGGCGAGAGGGUCGUGUUCACCUGCAUGGCGACCGCCAACCCCGAGAUCAAAGGCUACAGGUGGGCCAAGGGGGGGGUGAUCAUCGAGGAUGCCAAGGAGAACAAGUACGACACGCAGGUGGAUUACACCUUCUUCACGGAGCCCGUCUCCUGCGAGGUGCACAACGACAUCGGCAGCACCAAUGUCAGCACACUGGUGGACGUGCACUGUAGCGAGACAGCAAGCCAGCUCUCCUACGAGAACUACGGGGGUCACGCCGCUUUCCCGGCCGGUGCCAGUUAUGCCACGUACCGCCUGGGGUAUGGCCAGCCCCCAGGCCUGGACCGGGCACCCUACGAUGCCUACGACCCCAUGGGCAAGUACGCCAGCGCCACCCGCUUCUCCUACACUUCCCAGCACUCGGACUACGGGCAGCGCUUCCAGCAGCGGAUGCAGACGCACGUCCUGAGCAACAGCAACCAGCUGUACCUGAAGUCCGUCACGCAAGCCGACGCGGGGCAGUACGUCUGCAAAGCCAUCGUCCCCCGCAUCGGUGUGGGCGAGCGCGAGGUCACCCUCUUCGUCAACGGACCCCCCAUCAUCUCAAGUGAGGCCGUGCAGUAUGCGGUGCGCGGGGAUCGCGGCAAGGUGGAGUGUUUCAUUCCUUUCCUCUGGGAGAUCCCAUUCACUGGAAGCAGUGGGGAAACCCCUGAGCCCCCCAGAAAUGGCUGUGGGCCAGGCCGCAAGGACGUCACCCUGCGCAAGCUGGACAUCAAGGUGGAGACGGUGAACAGGGAGCCCCUGACGCUGCACACGGACCGCGAGGAGGACACGGCCAGCGUCUCCACGGCCACCCGUGUCAUGAAGGCCAUCUACUCGUCAUUCAAGGAUGACGUCGACUUGAAGCAGGACCUUCGCUGUGACACCAUCGACACCCGCGAGGAGUACGAGCUCAAGGUCCGGUGA